GGAGCAAAUAAUUUUGUUGUGCUUUCAUUAAAAGUAAAAAUAAUUGUAUAGGUAAAAAUCAAAUUUACAAAAACAGAAAUUUGUAGGAUAUUCUAUUUGCGAUCCUGCAAGUGUGGUGGAACCUUUGUAGUAGGAGAGAACAUCGUUCAUCCACAAAAGUCAAUGCUGCCAAAAAAAAAAUCACAUUUGACAUAACAGGAGAAGAGGAAGUAACAUUUGUGAUUUUCUGCAAAAUUGGUUUUGGUUUCAAUGGACAACAUUCUAGGCCUUAUCAGAAUUCGUAUCAAAAGAGGCUCUAAUCUCAUAGCUCGUGAUUCUCGUACCAGUGACCCUUAUGUUGUUGUCACCAUGGCUCAACAGACACUGAAAACUGCGGUUGUGAAAGAUAACUGCCACCCCGAAUGGAACGAAGAAUUGACACUUUAUAUUCAAGAUAAAGAUCUUAAAACAAACACACCAAUACAACUUACGGUUUGCGACAAGGACACGUUCAGUGUGGACGAUAAAAUGGGCGAAGCGGACAUAGACAUAAAGCCGUAUCUUCAGUGUGUGAAGAUGGGGCUGACCGAUCUCCCGGAAGGACAUGUUGUCAAGAUGGUUCAACCAGAUAGGACUAACUGUUUAGCCGAAGAGAGUAGAUGCAUAUGGAGAAACGGAAAACUCGUCCAAGAAAUGAGUUUACGGUUGAAAAAUGUUAAGUCUGGUGAAAUAUUCGUCGAAAUUGAAUGGAUGGAUGUUACAGAUUCCAAAGGCUUAUCCGAGUUUGAGUUAUAGGUGUUCUUGUCUUACUACUUGUAUUAUGAUGUUAUAACUUAUGAUGCUAUCUAUUGUCAUAAUCAAUAAAAUGAGUUUAUAUAUAAUGACAAAAUUGCUAUAAGUUUUUUGUCAUGUUUUAGAUACAGAACUUAUAUGCAA